CUCAUCGCUUCUAGAUCUUCGAGGAUACGCCUCUUUUUCUUCUACCCCUUUACCUGAUAAGUGUAGCAUAGUUGAUAAUCUUCCUUUGCUGCUUCAUCAGUUAUUACACACGGAUCCUUGUUUCCCGCUCGCUCAUUUUCUGCUUCUAUUCUUGGGGUUACGCCGUCUACACCUGAAACGGCGAUCGACGGCGAAAGCAACCAGCCGGUUCCUUGACAUGCCUCAUUAUUAAUUUCACCUUUUUAUCAACUUAUUAUUGUUUCUGCGCUUUUUCAUUUCAUUUUCAUUUUCAUUUUUUCUUUCCUUUUCUCUUCUCUUCACCCGCACGGCUCGCCCCCAUCCCGUGGAACGAGAGGGACUCUUUCAUGAAUCCCCUUAAAAGCCCCCGACCAUAAUGAUUCGGCGCAACUCUGACGUCGAAUUCUCCCUUCCAAACUCCGGUGUGGAUGGUCGGGUCACGCCGACGAACGUUCCUAACGAAGGGGAUGUCGAAAUGAUUUCAGAGGAUACCCCUUCGCCUCUCACGCUCCCUCCGCACCUAAUCGCCCGCCUUUACCCAAUUCCCAAGGACCGUAGACGACCGUCUGCUUCGUCUUCUCGCCGCAGCUCCAUCUCGUCCCUUCACUCUGUCGUGUCCACUCAUGGAAGCUCGCAUAGCGAUCAUAUGGCGCAACAUCUGCGCCGCGCUUCCAUAAUCGAAUCUCGCAAGGCGCGUCUUGCGGAUAGGGCGGCGCACGUCGAGAAAGUUAGGUUACGCGCAGCCCUUGCGAAAAAUGCGACAAAAAAUGCAUUGAAGGAGGAGCGGGCCCUGGCAGCGCAGCAGGCGAGGGAAAAACUGUUAGCUGACAUCGCUGCCAAAUGCGAGGAAGAGGUGCGUAGGGCUAAGAAAAAGGCAGAAGACAUAAAAGAGCGAAAGGCUGCAGAACACGCAAGACUCCGGGUCGAGAUGGCGGAGAAGUUUGCGGAAGUCGAGCGAAGGAGGCUGCUCUAUCAGCAGACUCUCCGUCGGCCUCGAAGGACAAGCUCUGUGGAGGGGAAGCCUCCCAAGCAAAUGCCAGUGAAGAAGCUCAGCCAGAAUGCGGCUGUGUGUAUUAUUCAGAAGGCAUGGCGCAAUCAUCGCGCUCGCACCACGAUCAAUUUGUUUAGGUCCUUGGAUCUGUCUUUGGAAAGAAUCCGCAAUCUCAGCUUUGAGGAGGUUGGGGCGCUGCUUUCCGAGGAGAAUGUGCUUAAUGUGACCACCAAAGUGCUCCGUUUGUGUGGGCUGCAAGAUUUGGGAGAGAGUUCCAUGAGCGGGAGAGGUGCUGUGCGAGUCUUCCUGAGCAGUUAUCUGAUCCUGUCCCAUCCUGCACAAGCUUUGAGCAGCAAUGGAGAGCAAGAGCAGGAUUUAAUUACAAAGGCGCAAGAUUUGCUUGUCAUCUUCGAACAAGUCAUUACCCAGCUUUCAUCAAUUGGAGUUUCCCCAGUGUCCUUAUCCAGCGACCUCCAAACGCUGUCGCAAUCUUACAAUACUUUCUUCUCUGCCUUCCACGCUUGGAAAACCCACGAUUCAACGGUGCUGAUCGAGAUUAUGCUGGCCCAGUUUGUUGAACUGGAGCUUAUAUGGCAAACGGUCAAAGAUGAUCGCGAUGGAGGAGUUGCUGACGAUUACCAGAAGGGUAUCCGUCACAACCAGAUUCUACUAUUAGCACGUUUGAAGAGACUUGCUGGCCGAGACAAGGCCAUGGAGAUGGUUAAACAGGCACUGAAAAAAGCAAAGCGAGAAAAGCGUCGAAACGGAGCCUCCAGCGAGGCUAUACCCCGUGCCGUAACUGACCAACCCUCAGCCGCCAAUAGACCCCCAGAGGACGUUCACUCCCCUCUUGGUGAAGUGUUUUCAGCUGAUACCGAGCGUUGGCCGCAAGACUCCCUUGAAAAUCAGUUGAGUCCACAGGAUCGAUUCGUUAAGCUCCUGACGGCUUUACCAGAUAACAGAACUCUUGUUCAUGAACUGUUAAUCAACCGCGAAUAUAAGAUUGACCAGGGAUCAUAUACAGAAGUCCGAGGACGAGUUAUGAAGCAUAUGUGCGAGUCGAUGAGGAGAGACGCCGAAGUUGGCCUUGGCACCAGCUUGACCGUUGCCAUGGCCACUGUCAUCCAGGACCGACUUCUGCGCUCGUUGAAGCCCGGAAAUUCACUCCAUAACUUAAUAAGCGAGGUGUUAGAUCCAAUUCACAUCGCAAAUCAGUGCAAAGCCGGAAAAUUCUCCUACGAUGCAUUUUUCGACUUCAUGAGUACCAUUCUUCCUAAGCUGUGUGCUCCCUUCCGUGACCCAGACGUGAAAGCCUUCGCGGAGGACACGUCCGGAGAUGCAAUUGACCGCUUGGCUAGAUUGAUGGGCAUAAUCGACCUCCUAUCCUUGGACCAUACUAAUUUCAUGUUGCAAAUGGCUGCCCCUCAGCUAAUUCGAGAGGGGCCUGGGUACGAACAGCGAGCGUUUAGCAAGGAGCUGGAAAACGGAACGAUCACGCUGGAGAAGACAAGGCGGUUUUGGCGGUCUAACCGUGACUCAAUCAUUGAGGAACUUAAAAAACGAGACCCUGGAAGUUCGGAGGUUACACCUCCCGUCGCAAAGAUAUAUGCGCAGGGAUUGGUUAAUCUUGUCUUGAGCAAUGGAAGGCUAUGUCAUGAUCAAGUUCCGGAAACGCUGAGCCUGGAUCACUCUCGACUGGAGGCCCUCCGAUCUCAAUCGUUCAAAAUCGCGGCAACAGCCGCUAUUCUUCUCAGCGCGAAGAACUUGUUGAAGCGGGAUGUUCGGUGCCAAUGGAAGGGAGAAGCAGAGCGUAUUCUGUCUCUUGAUUUUGGUGAAAUUAAACCGGAACGUGUUCAAUCUAUUCUUGACUCGACACAUCCCAUGCCAGCAGCAACAAGAUCACAGCUUUUUGCUACAAUCAAACGGGUUUUGAUGCCAGCUUCUGCGGCAUCUGCGACGGCUUCGUCUUCAUCGGCACCGGGCGUUAUCGCGACAAGUGGACCAGCUGCAUCGUCUUUCAUCCAAUCUUCAAAUGCACCCUCCGAAAUAGCCACAUGUGCGCGAUACUUUACAGAUCCGGUUGCAAAGUUGAUGUUGUCUCGGCUUCGGGCACACGUCCUGGCGCGCCUCAGCGCCGCCAGUGCGAAGGAGCGGGUUCGCACUACCAGCACUGCUAGUCAAAGUCUUGCAGCAGCGGGUAUGCCGGAAUUUGUCAACGAGGUGGGCAAGCUUGUGGAUAGCUUGAAUCGAAUCCGGGAAGUAGACUGGAUGUGCCAUGGUAUGACGUAUGAGAAUAUCUGGAGCGAGGAUGCUGAUGAAUAGAGAAGACGAGCUGUGAUCCCUCCGGCUUCAUGUUUGCUUUGUGCCCAUUGUGUGUUUGUUAUUCUGACAUGUAUACUUUGUAUUCUGUUUUAUCGUUAUUGCUACUGCUAUACUCUUUGGAUGGAAUGGGAACCAAUGCCUAUGCAUCCUUGAAAGAAUUUUUGGUGUUCCAUGUGUCGACUUGCCUUUGCUUGUUUGUCGAGAACAUGAUCAUGCCUCUCAUUCUGAUGUAUUGGUCCUGCUUCAUCGACGAGGCCUCCAUAGGGACCGUAAAGGACUAUAGUCACGUAACCAAGCCAUUGACAUUCUGAGAUCAACUUGCUGCUGGCUCAUUUGAACACCUAGCUACACA